CAACAACAACAACAUGUUCACAUGGAGCACACCAUAAUGGUGGACGACUUAGAGCCACUGAGACUGGCUAAAUCAGCGGGAUUGUCACUUGAAUCAUCUCAAAGCUACGUGCUCUUGUUUGCAGAUCAAGAAAAAUGCAGUUUAGAUGCUGGCCUAUUUGCUGUAGCAGUUUCUGAAGAGAAUCAAAUAAAAGUUUAUAGCAAAGAGUCGUUUUGUUGUCAAGGUGUUCUUGAAGGACACAAAAAGACAAUAACUGGUUUGGUAUUUUGUGUCAAAAAUUCGCAUCAUAUUUGGUCAUCAUCACUAGAUGGAACAGUGAGAUGCUGGGACAUUUCUUCUCAGGACGUUUUACUUGAAAUUCAAAGUGACAAACACGAGCCAUUCUCAGCACUAGCUAUAAGCUGUGAUGGAAAGUUUUUGUGCGCUGGAACUGAAAAGAUGGGGGAAGAAGACGAAGAAGACGUCAGUCUUUAUGCUUGGAACACUCAAGAAUUUCCAACUGUCAAACAACAUGGGAAAUACGACGACCUUCAUUCUGAUGACAUAACACAGGUGCUGUUUCAUCCCCAGAACACAUCACUCAUGGCUACCGGAUCCACCGAUGGUCUCGUCUGUCUCUUGGACGUUGGCUGUGAAUCUGAAAAUGACAUGCUGUUGAGAGUUUUUAACACCGAGUCUUCAGUGAAUAAAGUCGGCUUUUUUGGCCCUGCCUACGAAUAUAUGUUUGCUACAACACACAUUGAAACCGUGCAUUUUUGGGCCUGCUGCUCGGGAGAUCAACUGGGGGUUUUGAAGGAACUUAGACACGAAAAGGAGUGCCCAUGUGAGCUCGAUUACAUUGUUGAUGGGUUUUAUCAUGAACCAUCGCAGAGGCUGUUCUUUGUCGUGGGAACCUUUCGUGGUCAGUUAAAGCUUCUUCAUGUCAAAUUGGAUGGUGUUGAACAUUUUCAAAAUCUGAACGCCUGUCAUUCAGCAACAGUUCGUUGUGUUUUAUUUACGAUGAAGACAAAUGAGCUGUUAGUUGGUGGUGAAGACGGAAUGAUGUCUCUUUGGGCCCCUCAGAAAACUGGUAAUAAUACGGAACUACCCAGUAAGAGUACUUCUAAAUAUACGAAAAAGAAAAAGAAGGAGUUGAAACCUUAUAAAGUUAUGGGACAUUGAAUCGGGACACAUAGAGCAGCCUGUUAAGCCAGAAUGGAACAGAUAUGGACAUAGCAUUGAAUGAUUUUCAAAGAGAACGAAGCAACUUAGGCGCGAAAUUUAUUUUGCUAUUAUAACUCCCCAACAGGCGCAUUGUAGAGAAGAAAGAUUGUUUUAAGCGGCCCGUGUCAUUCUCUUGUCAAUUUAAAACGACCAGUGAUUUUGCAUGCCAGAUCUGAUGAACUCGAUCGUAAUUAAUGAAAAUUUUCCGAUUUUCCUUUUAUGCAACAUAUUAUAGUUGAUGAUUUAGCAUCUUUUAAAUCAACUAUUGUUUAUCUUACAUAAAAUGUA